AUGGUUUUGUCUCUGAGCGUUGAUCCCGAGGAAUAUGUGCAACGUGCACACGUGAAGGAGAGCCAUGAGGCCGUGGAGAAGGCGCGCAGUCAUCGCCAUCGUAGCGUUGAUAUUCCGCAUUACACGCCCACUGGUCGCUACGGCACCAAACCUGUUCCCAAGUAUCAUCUUCCUGAAAAGGGACUCUCGGAACGAGCUACUUACGAGUUGCUCUCAAAUGAGCUCCUGCUGGACGGUAAACCCAGCUUGAACCUGGCAUCCUUCGUUCACACGUGGAUGCCAGAUGAAGCGAGGAGGCUUAUGAUGGACACCAUUGGCGUUAAUCUGUGUGACCAAGAUGAGUAUCCUGCGACAAUAGCUAUCCACACGCGCUGUAUCUCUAUUAUAUCGAACCUGUGGAAGGCACCAAAGGGUCAUGUGAAAGAUGGAAGGCGUCUCGCCGCCAUGGGCACGGCAACGACCGGUUCGUCGGAAGCCCUGAUGCUUGGUCUUUUAUCGGCCAAGCGCCGCUGGCAAAACAAGCGCAAGGAGCAGGGCAAAGACAUCCAUCACCCUGGUCCGAACCUGGUGUUUGGUGCGAAUGUGCAGGUGUGCGUGGAGAAGUUUGCUCGCUAUUGGGACGUGGAAGAGCGUCCUGUGCCUGUGGAUGAGUCGACGCACUACUGCCUCGAUCCGAAGCGUGCUAUGGAUUACGUUGAUGAGAACACUAUUGCUGUGGUUGUCAUUCUUGGAUCAACCUACACAGGUCACUAUGAACCUGUUGAGGAAAUGGCACUCGAGCUCGACGAGUACCAGAAAAAGACGGGUCACGACGUUCCAAUACACGUUGACGGCGCGUCGGGUGCCAUGGUGGCGCCGUUUGCGACGCCUGACCACAAGUGGUCCUUCGAUGUGCCACGUGUAGCAUCCAUUAACACCUCUGGUCACAAGUUUGGUAUGGUGUACCCGGGUAUCGGCUGGAUUAUCUUCCGCUCUCCUGAGAUGGUGCCGAGUGACCUUGUGUUUGAGUUGCACUACUUGGGAUCUGUCGAGUAUUCGUUCGGUCUCAACUUCUCGCGUCCUGCAGCGCCCAUGAUUGGACAGAUGUUCAACUUCAUCUCUUUGGGACGUGAAGGCUUCAGGAGCACGAUGGAGGCGAACCUGAUGAACGCCCGUCUGCUUUCUCGUGCUCUUGAGUACAGCGGUCUGUUUGUCGUCCUGUCGGACAUUCACCGCCCUGCCGAGAAGAAGGUGCCGAUCACGACGGAAGCGUCGAAGUAUUGCCCUGGUUUGCCGGUGGUCUCAUUCCGCUGGACCGAUGAAAUCAAGCGUGAGUACCCCCAUAUGGAGCAAAGUUGGGUACAGACGCUCUUGCGUGCAAAGGGAUGGAUUGUGCCAAACUACGAAUUGCCACCGAACCUCUCGGACGUGCAGAUUUUGCGUGUGGUCGUUCGUGAUAGCCUGACCGAGAGUAUGGUUGAAGUACUUGUGCAAGAUAUCAUCAAUAUCACCCGCCACUUGAUGGAGCAGCAGCGUGUUGCUCGAGAAGCAAGUAUGGAUCCUGUGUCGACGAGAGGCAUGACGAACAUGCUGCUGGGCCACAGCUACAAGAAGAACAACGAUCAUGGCCGCCCCUAUGGUCAAGGCCAGCCUCCCAACGGUUUCAAGAGUCAGUGCUGA